CCAGAACUUAGUCUUAGUAUAGUAGUAGGCUAAAUAUUUAAGUGUUAUGUUGAUUGUUUUAAUAGAAAAUAAAUAAAUUUCAAGUAGGCCCAUCAAUGUGUCAUUUCGUGGGAAUAGUGUAAGGGCCAAGAGCUGAGUAACUGUUCCUUGCCUUUGCCUCGCCUUUGACUUUAGUCCUUACUUUAGUUAGGGCUGGCUUUGGCUUUUAGGCUUUAGUUUAGUCCUAACUUAGCCUAGGACUAAGUUAGCCUAGCCUGCAUAAGGCCCAAAACUUAAAAAUUACUUAAGUACUAUACUUAAAGACAAGCUUAACCAAACACACCUCAAGUUGAGCCUCAAACAAAUUAAGUUUAACAAUCUCAGUGACUCAACAGUUAUGAUUUGAAAAACAGUACUCAACUCAGUGUAGUUUAAACAAGUGUGGCCCAGUGGUGGACAAAGAUAAGGAAGGACCCAUCAAAAAAUUAUAGCACAAAGCAUUAAAAUUAAAGAAUAUUAUCAAUUAUUGUGUAUGUUUUGUACCAUAAUGACCAUAGUCUAUACUUAAUAAAAGUUAUAUAAGUAGGCCUACACAACAAAUAAAAAUUGUGAAGACGUUAAGAUAGUCAUAAAUAUCAUCAAGUCAAGAUAAUUUUGCUCAAUUCAAGUUUCAAUUCAAAUAGGCUACCCAUAUUCAUAUAUAACCUGUGAUUGUCAACAAAGCUGUAGUUCAGGCCUAGCCCCUUAGACUUUGAUUAAUCCAAUUUAUGUAGUAACAUAUUAAGUGGGUAAAAUUUGAGAUGUACUCAAAAUUUCACAUUCACAUACUUUUUAUCAUAGUAUCAUGUCAUAGUAGUUAUGAAAGCGAAAGAUAACAAAAUAAUUACAUAAAAUUUUAAAAUUUAUAACUACUUCCAAACUUAUAACUUAUUUUACUUAGGUUGUAAAGAUGGCCUUUGUGUUUCAUGUUGAAUUUGGAAUGAAUGAAACCCCACUAACACAGGCAUUAGAACAAGGAAACUGUGCCACAGCAGAACGCCUUAUUUUAGAGUGUCCAAAUGCAUCAUAUUUAGACGAUGGUAAGGAGUUUAUAUUAUAAAAGUAGAAAUGCUUUGUAAUCUUUAAUAUAUGAAGGACUGGACUGCAUUCAAGCCUUGAGAAGCAAAUAAAUAGUGGAACAAGGUUUGAAAAAAAAAAUAACAGCUAAAGAAGGCAUCUAGGCGAAAUAUCUGUUAAAUUAUCCUGUCUUUUCUUUUCAAGAGUAAAAAUCUCAUUCCACUAUUUAUUGAUUUAUAAUCUUUACAUAUAGUAAAAUAAUUUUAUCUAAAACAGUUGGCCUAUUUCUUAAAUUUUUUUUCAAAAAGAAUUUCUCUUGCAAUAAUGUGGGUUUCUCUCUACUAUUAAACAUUUUUUCCACACUUUAUUUUUUUGACACAAAAAUUGAGCACCCAAAAAUAUAGAUAAGCAUUGAAAAUUAUAUUAAAGCAUAUAAAGAUAUUGAAUUUUUAGAUUUUAUCAUUAACAUAGAUGCAGCUUUCAAGCAUAAUAACUUAUUUUAUAUUGUUUUUAAUAAUUGAUUUUUUAAAUAUAUAUAUAUUUUUUACAGGAUGUUACCAAAGAACACCAUUAUAUAUAUGCUUGUGUGGUGUUGAUGAAUACCAUCAGAAAGUUGCAACACGCAAUUUUUACCUUGCACAACUCUUGAUUGAAAGAGGCGCUAAUGUGAAUCAUCGUGUGCCAGUGGUAAAGGUUUUAAGCUUUUAAAAUAAAAAGUUGAGGUUUUAGUCUGAAUUGCAUACCUUGAAAACAUUUUUACAGACCUGGCUCUGGUUAUUAUUAUAAUAUCAUUCAAGAUCGUUCUCUUUCUGUGCCUUCAAACAAUGGAAUUCUCUUCCAUUACACAUCCGCAAUAUACCCACCAACCAAGCUCAAAACUGCCGCCCUCACGACACAUCUCUUCAAACUCUACUAUUCUGAUUCAUUCCCCCCACCCCGCCCGGCGGUUGGGCGAGGUCAAUCUUUUUACAAAGCCGUUUUUAAAUUGAUAAUUUUAUGCAACGUUUUUUUUUUUAAUGUCAUGUUUACUUUUUUCUUUUUGCUAAUUUUUACGUGAAUCUAUAAUUAUAAUAAUAAUAAUAUCCUUUUAGAUUGUGUAAUUGUUUUAUUUUAUUUUGCAGACAAAUUUUGGGUCUGAAUAUAUCAGUCCUGGGAAAUCUUGCAUGGAACUUUUAGUUGAUUUUUAUGUUGAUCUAACAAGGCAACCAGCUAUCGAAGUCACUGAUUCUCCUUGGUAACUGCUAUUGUUAAUUUUAAAACAAUUUUGUAUUGUCCCUUUAAAUUGAAAGCUCUGUUAUAUUUUAAAAUUAAAUAGUCUUUCAACUUGCAGUUAAAUGUCUGUCUUAUUUUCUUGUAGGCACCAUCAUCAGAGAGUGUGGAAUCCUUUGACUGAGUUAGUAGUUGGAUUAAACAAACAGUAUCUAACAGACCAGGAAGAUGUCAUAGAAGAUCUCAAAGAUCUUAUAUUUAAUAUCCUCCGUAUGUUUUUUUCUAGCAUUUAAAUUAGUAAGGAACAGUUUUAAGCUUACCAGUACAUGUCAUCAAACUUGAAGAAUAACUGUGUUUGAAUAAAAUAAAUGGGAAUUAAAAAAAAGUGUUUGAAGGCACUGGUAAAUUAGUAUGUUAUUUUACUUAUUCUUUCAGGUCACGGUGGUGAUGCCAAUAUAUUAGAUGAAACUAGAAUGACUGCUAUUCACAAACUGUCAAUGUUUAGUCAUAAUCUAUCUCUACUGAGCAUUUUGUGUGAUAACAAUGCUGACAUCACUAUGGUGGAUGGUGCUGGUAACACACCUCUCUUGACCUUGUGUAACGUAGCUGCAUUUGAAAGUGACAACAGUUACGAUGUGUCUCCAGCAAGUGAGAGUGAUAUUGUUCGUAAGGCCUUAUUUGAAGAUGACCUAAAAUCCAAACUGACAGUAAAGUCUGAUUUUCUGCAAUUUUUUUUGGAGCGAAAAGAAACAGAUGUAAGAAAACUAAUGAUCUUAACUAAACUCAAACAAUUUCUUUAGCUGCGUAUGCAUACAGGAGGGUUGGGAAACUUAAUUAAGUCUGUAGACCAUAAGAAUUGGUUCUGCCAAGGACAACCAAGUGUGAGGACAAGUGAGGAUUGUGUGAGGCAAUCAAUUCUUAUUUUAUUACCGGUAUCCAAAAAUUUGAUCUCUUAAAGCUAUUUUUAAAGCUGUCACAUUUAUGUGGCAUUUUGAAAGUGAAUUUUUAAAAAAAAAAUCUUUCAUAUGGCUAUUUGAUGACAGAAGGAGAAAUAGACUUCUAGAUGAAAAAUUUAAUGAAGUUUUUAAAGUAAAAUAGGCUCAUGGUUUUGCGUAGGUGCCCUAUAGACUCUUUUAAUUUUGUGUAAAUUCAAAAUUAAAUUCAUAUACUGUUACACAGCUGAGUCACAUUGAAAUUGCAAGUUACAGAAGGGGAUGAGGUUUGAUUUAUGAAAAAAAAAUUAGAUAUCUUUAAAUAUUUCUAAAAUCUAAGGGAGACAUUUUUCGGGGUAUAUUUCUUUUGUUAUUUGUAGUUUAAACUUAAAAUAAUUUUCCUAAAAGCAAUUUUUCUCUAUAAAAAUUUACAAUUCUACAAUUUAAAUAUUGUCACACUAAGAGUGUAAGAUUUUAAAUUUGUGUUCACAUUCUAGUUAAACCACCAAAACAAUUAUGGACAAACUGCUCUGUUUCACUGUGUCCUUCGGGAAGAUUUGAACAGUGCAAGAAUACUAUUAGAUGCAGGGGCUGACCCAGCUAUGCAGUGCCAUGUUUGGGAAUCAAGGAGGAAAAAAAGGUAAACUUAAAUUAUCAGAAAUCGAUUGUGCAUUGUUUUGAUAAAAUAGUCCAUGAUAAAAUACUCCAUGAUAAAAUAGUCCAUGAUAAAAAAGUCCAUGAUAAAAUAGUCCAUGAUAAAAUAGUCCUUGGAAACUGAUCCAUUUCCUGAUUAAGAAUUAAACCUGCAACAAAAGCAUUAGAGGCCAUCAGUAAAUGGCAUCACACAUGAGGACGGGAGUGGGGCACAAAAUUGUAGCGAUGUGCUAUGAUGAUGUCAAAAUUUUGACAAAUGUGUGAAGACUGGAUGAGUUUGGGGGGGGUUGGCAAAAUGGUCCAAAAUAGUGUAACCAUCAUAGGAAUGGCCCUUAUGACGAAUUAAACCUACAACAAAAACAUCACUAAUAAUUAAACACAGUACAACAAUAUAUCUCCUCAGGAAGCUGUCCCCUCUGUUUGCCUCCUUGAUGUCCAUUCCACUACAACAAUCUCUUGUACAUUCAUAUCUCUAUGACCAGGCUACAAAAUCACCUCUCCCAAUCUCAGCCUUGGUUGAUGCAGGUAAAUUAUUUCAUUUAAAUUAUUAAUGUUACGUUCUAAAGCAAUUUUUCCCAUGAUGCGUUUUAAUUUGAUUACAGCUAGCUUAAUUUUAGUGAUAAAGUCUGAAUUAUAUUUCAGAAUACUUGGAGAAUUGAAGAGAUAGAUACAUAAUUUUCAUUGGCAAAUUCUUUUUUAAAAACAAAUAGUUCAUUAAGUCCCAUUUAAUCACAAUUUUUACUUUUUCUUCUGCAGGUUACUUCACCACCUCUGAAAUCAUGAAAGAGUUGUCCAAUGUGAUAGAGCAUGACUUUCCAGAAUUCUCCCACCUGUGCUCAUAUGCGGGGUCCUUGAUACACUUAAUGUUUGGUUACAAGAGUGCGUCACUGAAACAGCUGGCUGCUCGCAAAGUUUUUCAGGUUAGGGAAAUUUUAUUGAGAUGUGACAAUAAUUUGUUUUAAAAUGAUUGAAAGUAACACUUGAACUGUUGGCUUAAUAGCUCAAGAUAAUUUUAUUUAAAUCAAUUUUGGGUGGGGAAAGUUAGGAUGGGGGGCGAUAAACAUCUUAUGAAUUACUAAAUUGCUGGCGCAAUGAAAUCACCUCAGCUUAAAAACCACUAUGCUAUCUAAGUGUUGCCAUCUCAUGAAUAAACAAAGUGCUGUUAUUUUCUACCAGUGCUGUCUAAUUGAAAGUACAGAUUGCCUACACAACAUCCUGCCUGUCUCGUCCAUUCAAGAAAACUUUCUGGCCAAAGAACUUCUCUCCAGCCCUCGCAAAUAUGAGGAAUACAUAACCCUCAUUUUGAACGGCACGGUGCUGCGCUGCCUUCUGGAGCUCGUCCAGCUCCCACAUUCCCUGCUGAUCCACUUUGAAGCUCAACUGCUUUAUCUCCGCAUGUCCUUAAAGUUCUGCCUUCUCCAGGCCCAGAGGCCCAUGAACAGCAGUCUAGUCCGUAACAUAUUUGAUGUGGCAAGUGACAAUGGUGGAGAAUCUGAUGAUGAUGACAGUGGGGAUGACAACGUGGAUGACAGUGGCAGUUAUGACUCAUCAACUGAGAAUGACGUGGAGGGUGACUCGGACAUUGAAUAUUGGUGACCUUUUUAGGGUAUCUGUUGUGUCUGUGGGGUACAGUUGUCUGACCUUUGAUCCAAAGUCUUCAGCUCCAAUGUGCAAUUAUAAACGGCCUUAAUGCAAUGGAAGAAUCCCACUAACUUAACUGCUCACUCCUUAAAGCCUGACAAUAUAAAAGUCAGCUCUGCAUAAGUUAUAUAUCGAUUCCUUUUACAUCAAAUACUUUGAUAGGCUUACUACAUUGGAGAUGAAAUUUGUCUGCAAUUGAUAUCAAAUUUUAAAAAAGUUUGUUCCAUAAUUUGUCUUUAAGAAAUUGGAUUCCAUUUGAUUAAACUAAGCAAAAUGCAGGAUUAAAAUAACAUUGAAAUAAGUGUUGAUGAUGAACUUAAAAGUUAAUAAUUUUUGUCAAGCAAUCUUGAGAUUCCCAUACCUAAUGAUAGAUUAGGCAUAUACCAAUAGGCUUGCGUUAACUUGUAAAGCAAAAGUUUGAAAGUUGAUUUGCUAGAAUAAAAAAUUGUGUAUGCGCUUAGGUGUAAACAAUGCGUUCAGUUAACUACUUUUAAAAAUAGUAAAAUUAUUUAACUUUAGGAAAUUCUUUAUAUUGUUUGUGGGAGAAUUCAUUGAUGAAAUUUUUCUGUGCAUUUUUAUGCAUUCUACAGUAUAUUAUGGAGCUUUACAUAUAAAUUUUACUGUUAAACAAUCUCUGUAUGUCAAGCAUUCUUGUUACUGUAGUUAGAACUCCUCCUGAAGGUGAGACAAGAAAAAUACUGAUGCUCUCUCUAUCUGUUUAAUACCACACAUUGCCUAAAAUUUUGUUUCUACUAUAUAUGUUGACAAAUCUUUUGGGCUACAAAAUUUACAAUAAAUAUAUGUAAAUUAUUGAAUUAAUUUUCAGAAAAAAGUUUGUAAUUUGUUUAAAUCUGUUGUCUAUAACACUCAAAGAGAAUGGGAUUUAAACAAAUCUAUUUAUUAUUAUGAAUUAAAAUUAAUCAAUUAUUUUGUUUGCUAUCUCCUGCGUAUUUUGCUUCCAAAGAAAAAGGAAUAGAACCUUUAUAAUCAGAAGUUGUUAUUCGUGUACUCCUUGUCCAAAAUACGUUUAUCUCAGCUUUUAUUCCUAUUGUAACAUGUGAUUUUUGAAUUACUUAAAAAAAAAUUUACGUCAUUUUAAUUGUGUGUCCAGAUGUAAAGCUGAAUGCUAGUCAAAAAUAAUUAUUCUCUAGGUAUGUACUUUGUAUGUUUAUAUUAAUGCAAUUGUUGUAACGCUUUGUUUAAAUAGCGGGAUAAUACAUUUCCCAAAAGUGCAUUCAACAGCAUGAACAUCUGUGUACAAUAUGCACCAAGAUACAAUUCAUAUUUCUAAAUAGGAUUCUUAAAGCCACUGUUAGUCAGAUUGUUUUUUUUACAGAAGUCGAAUUAUUGGGCAAAAUAAAUACGCUUGGGCCAAUGUGUAAGUAUAAAAAUUCUUUUAUAUGUAAGUAUUACUUUUAGACAUGAGAAAUAAAUUUAAAUUAUAAAAUUACUCUAAUUGUAAAUCUUAUAAAGUUUGUUACUUGAAUGCAUGUUUUGUCAAGUAAUAAUUGUAGAUGGGAAGUUCACGCAUUUCCGCUGCCAUUGUUUGGCAGAUUUAUUUCUAGUUUUAUAUAAAAGUAAUAUUUUUAAUGGUUAUUGUUGACAUUUAAACAACAACUGUCUGAAAAGGAUAAUUUGUACUGCACUUUGAACUUUGACCUCAUCAAUGUAGCCUUGCACCUUCACAUUCAUGUGAAGCCCAUUCAUAUAGUAAUUUGGCUAAAUCUUCACAGUCCAGAUUUCUAUUUAGUGAGCUCUUAGACUGCUUCUAAGAUCAACCUUUUAAGAGAAGUUAGCUAAAGUUUUUAUAAAAGCUAAAUUAUUACUUUUAAAUUUACCUUCCUCCCCACUGCUGUUUGCAUCUGUGUUUUGGUUUAUUUUUUAAAUGAAAAGACUUGUUUGUUUUGAUGAUUGUGUUUUAUAUUAUAGUCUUGAUGUACUGAUUAGUAUCCAGUUGGCUGUAAAAUCUUUGGUUAUUUUGAUGGUUGUGAUACUUUUUAUAUUUCCAUACAUUUAAAACCAAUAAUUGUAUCAUUAUAUCUUUCGUGAUGCUUUAUAUAAUUUAUAUAAUACAAAUAAAAAAAAGAAUAUA